GCGGAAUAUGAAGUAGAAGCCUUCUGUUUUUCUCCGAGCUUAGAGUCCAACCCCCCCGAAUCAACCUCUGAAAAACAAAAAACGCGGAGCCAUUAAAUCUAAAAUUUGGGCAGGGUGGAGUGAUGGCCGUGUUGGACCCAGCGUCUGGUGUCCAGAGAUGAUAGAGGUGACCUCAGAGUCACCUUUAACCCCUGACCCCCACCACAACCCCUGAGAGCGAGCUGAAACUGAUCACACACAGGCUGCAGUGGGGUCCUCUUCCAAAUGACUACCUCAGGCCUACAGACUGUUUCACUGCAGCCACAGUCCUGAACAACAGCCAGUCAUGACAUCAAGCAUAGGGGAUGAUUCUAGCAUCUUCGAUGGGUCGAUGGAAGAAGAUGAGAAGGACAAAGCAAAACGCGUGUCCCGUAACAAGUCAGAGAAGAAGAGACGCGACCAGUUCAAUGUCCUCAUCAAGGAGCUGGGGACCAUGUUGCCUGGCAUCACACGCAAGAUGGACAAGUCCACCAUCCUGCAGAAGAGCAUCGACUUCCUGUGUAAACACAACGAGACCUCUGCUCAGUCUGAGUCCAGUGAGAUCAGACAGGACUGGAAACCUCCGUUCCUUAGCAACGAGGAGUUCACCCAGCUCAUGCUGGAGGCUCUGGAUGGAUUCUUCAUAGCGAUAAUGACAGACGGGAACAUCAUCUAUGUCUCUGAGAGCGUUACCUCCUUGCUGGAACACCUGCCGUCGGACCUGCAGGACCAGAACCUGUUAGACUUCCUCCCCCUGAAUGAACACUCGGCGGUGUACAAGGCUCUCUCCAAACACCCCUCCGACCCCGAGAGCCUCGGACCAGAGUACCUCAAGACCAAUAACCAGCUGGAGUUUAGUUGCCACGUGUUGAGAGGAACCAUCGACCCGAAAGAACCGGCCGUCUACGAGCACGUCAAAUUCAUCGGCAACUUCAAGUCGAUGAACGACGUCCCCAACACCACCAGGAAUGGUUUAGCAGGAGUGUUACAGAGAUCCCUACAACCUGCCUUUGAUGACCUGGUCUGCUUCGUAGCCACCGUCAGGCUGGCUAAACCACAGUUCAUCAAGGAGAUGUGUACAGUGGCGGAGCCCAAUGAAGAGUUCACCUCCCGACACAGCCUGGAGUGGAAGUUCUUAUUCCUAGAUCACAGGGCUCCACCAAUCAUAGGCUACCUUCCAUUUGAGGUUCUGGGGACGUCGGGCUACGACUACUAUCAUGUGGACGACCUGGAGACACUGGCCAAGUGUCACGAACACUGUACAGGUGUUACCACUCACACACACACCACACCCACAUCUCAGACCACUCACACAUCGGUAUCUCUGACUAUAAUAGGAUCUCUCGUCUCCAUAGCAACAGCCUCCAAGCUCCACAUGGACAUAGCCACGCCCCCUCAUCAGUCACAUGCUGCCUCCACCAUCGAGAUGACAUCACAGAGACGCUCCUCUAUCAGCAGCCAGUCUAUGAGUUCUCAGACCACGGGACACAGUGUGGCUCCCGUCCAUCCUGUCAUACAACAACACCAACAACAACAACAACAUCAGCCAGACGUACAGCCGGUGCUAGAGUUCUCAGCCCAGGUGAAUGUUAUGCAGCACCUGAAGGACCAGCUAGAGCAGAGGACCAGGCUGAUUCAGGCCAACAUCCAGAGACAGCAGGAUGAACUCAGAGCCAUACAGGACCAACUACACAGAGUACAGCCCCCAGCCAUACAGAUGUUCGUGCAGCAGCCGGCCGGAGCGUUGAAUGUCCAGCUGCCUCAGGUGGGGGUGGUGCCACAGGGAGCAGUUCUGACCAAUCAGGUGCAGCAGACUGUCCUAAACCCCGCCCAUACAGGAAGUCAGCUCACCAUUGGGCAGCAGCAGACGCCUCCCCCUCAACAGAACCUCCAACUGCAGCAAAACAACUCUCUCGCUCAGGUAUUCAGCCAAUCACUGGUCCAGCAGCAGCAGCGUCAACAGCAGCAGCAGCAGCAGCAGCAGCAACAGCCUGUCUAUAACAUGAUCAUGUCCCAGCCUGGCCAGCCCAACCUACUACAGAUCAGUACCAGUCUACCACAGAACAACACACAACAGGCUGUAGCCACCUUCACACAAGACAACACUCAGAUACAGUUUCCGGCGGGCCAGCAGUUGGUGACUAAGUUAGUGACAGCUCCCAUGGCAUGUGGAACGGUUAUGGUGCCGACCUCGAUGUUCAUGGGACAACCGGUCAUCGCUUACAACCCCUUCGGAGGGCAGCAGGGUGGUCAGACUCUGACCCUCCAGGCAGCCCAGCCCCAACAGAACCAGCCUGACAGCCAGACACAGACGGCUGUAGUGGCACAGAGUAACCAACAGGGGGCGCAGCAGUUCGUACAGGGCACCCGUCUUCUCCACGGCAACCAGCAGCUGAUCCUCCAGGCAGCAUUCCCCAUGCAACAACAGCAACAGGCCUUCGCCCAGGUAACACAACAACAGUCUCACAACCAGAGGCAUCAGCUGCAGCUGAAACCACAGCCACAGAAACAACCCAAAGGCCCGCCUUCGCACCGGACUGACAGCUCCAGCAGCCAAGCACAGUAGGCCUGGGCGACCCAGGCGUCCAAUCAGAAUCUAUGACCCGAAGGCUGAACCAAUCAGAGGUGUGGAGGGGUGUCCUGGAUUGUGUUGUGUGUUUUUCUAAUGGAACUACAGUGUUGGAGUCACCCAACCCCCCACCUACCGCCCCUACCAAUAUAGCUGCUGUGUUGCCCCCCUCUUAUCUUCCGCCAUAACAAACUGAAUUAUGGGUAACGGUGAGGGUGGCCAGCCCUUCCCCCUAGAAAGCUACUAACUGUGCAGGGUUUGGCUCCGGCUCUGCUCUAACACACCUAUUCAGUUGCUCAUCAGGACCUUGAUGUUCUUCUGGACUGAAUCAGGUGUGUUGGUUAGCGCAGGGCCGGAACAAAAGCCUGCAGUCAGUAGAUCUUCAGGAGGAGGUUUGGCCCCACCUGGAUUACACCUUCCUAAGGAACUCCUCAUCACCAUGGUGACAAUAGUAUGGACCGGAACCAUCGGAACCCUGUAUCCCAUAGCAACCAGGAGGAGCGUUGUUGUUUGUGCGCUGGAGGAGAGACAAACUCGGUGUCCGUGGAAACCCAGUAGAACUCUGCAUUGCCACGGUAACGAGAGACUCCAAAAGGAACGUUGUGGUGAUGGACUGACUCUAUACAGUACAGACGUGUGUAACAUAACCAAGAAAACAUGUAAAUAUCCAUUAUAGCUACAAGGGAAAAAAACGGAAAUUAGUAUUUUAUAUGAUUGCAUGGGUAAAUAACUGUACGUUUUUAUUAGUAACUUUUGACAAAAUGACUUAAGACUUUAUUCAGUGUUUUCCUGGUCAGAUCCUGGUCAGUUCCUGGUCAGAUAUGAGGUGACAGACGUUCAGCUAGUAUGAAGAGCGCCUCUCUCUUCCACCUAAAGGUCUUCGGCCCUGUUCCAACACUUUAGAAAAUGUUUCCGUCGUUCCUCCCUUCCUGCGGUUAUCAAAGUCAUUCCGUUAAGGGUGUGUUUUAUUUGUGUUGGAACGUGGCCCCCCGGAGAGAGAAACGUUUUUAAAAAGAUGUUGUGUCACCGUUGGUUUAAUGGACGGGCUUGGGUUCUAGUGGAAUGCUGGAAAAUGUCGUUUUUUAAACUCAACAUUUUUUUAGUGCCAAUUUUUUUUUAGACUCAACAUUUUUUUAGACUCAACAUUUUUUUAGACUCAACAUUUUUAAACGUUUUAUCAGAACAACAAGCCCGUCUGAUCCAAUCAAAUCAUGACGACCAAACAGACAGACAGGUAAAUACAGUUUAAACCAGACCAGGGGUCGGCGAUAUUACUUAGCCUGGUCCCAGAUCACUUUGGUCUUGUGUUGGCUCAGUUGGUAGAGCAAGGCACUUGCAACCCCAAAGGUUGGGGGUUUGAUUCCAGCUAGGGCCGUCCAUAUGUACGGAUGACUGACUCUAAGCUGCUUUGUACAAAAAAACAAAAACAAACAUCUGCUGAAUUUUCUAUAUGAAUGGUGCUCUCUUACCAACUUGACAACACAACACACAGAUCUGGGACCAUCUGUAACGGGUUUAGUUAUUCCAAGUGCCAAUAGUCACACCACACAGGGUCAGUUGAUUAUAUAUAUAUAUUUUAACAAAGAGGUGUAUAUAUAUUUCCAGAAGUAUAUGACCCUUCUAUCAAGAGUACUGCAUGUAUAUAGAAUGGAUUAUUUUUUAAUGAAGACAGAAACAGAGUCGUAUUAUACAUAACAGACAGUAUAUAUUUAACCUGCCCGUGAUAUUAUAACACUUAAUGAGGUCUAACACAGUAAAUUACAGACCUACAGACAGUAUAUAUUUAACCUGCCCAUGAUAUUAUAACACUUAAUGAGGUCUAACACAGUAAAUUACAGACAGUAUAUCUACCCCAUGAUAUUAUAGCACUUAAUGAGGUCUAACACAGUAAAUUACAGACCUACAGACAGUAAAUCUCCCCCAUGAUAUUAUAACACUUAAUGAGGUCUAACACAGUAAAUUACAGACCUACAGACAGUAAAUCUCCCCCAUGAUAUUAUAGCACUUAAUGAGGUCUAACACAGUAAAUUACAGACAUACAGACAGUAUAUAUUUAACCUGCCCAUGAUAUUAUAACACUUAAUGAGGUCUAACACAGUAAAUUACAGACCUACAGACAGUAUAUAUUUAACCCCUCCAUGAUAUUAUAACACUUAAUGAGGUCUAACACGGUAAAUUAGAGACCUACAUCUCCCCCAUGAUAUUAUAGCACUUAAUGAGGUCUAACACAGUAAUUUACAGACCUACAGACAGUAAAUCUCCCCCAUGAUAUUAUAGCACUUAAUGAGGUCUAACACAGUAAAUUACAGACCUACAGACAGUAUAUCUACCCCAUGAUAUUAAAGCACUUAAUGAGGUCUAACACAGUAAAUUACAGACCUACAGACAGUAUAUCUACCCCAUGAUAUUAUAGCACUUAAUGAGGUCUAACACAGUAAUUUACAGACCUACAGACAGUAUAUAUUAUAGCACUUAAUGAGGUCUAACACAGUAAAUUACAGACCUACAGACAGUAUAUAUUAUAGCACUUAAUGAGGUCUAACACAGUAAAUUACAGACCUACAGACAGUAUAUCUACCCCAUGAUAUUAUAGCACUUAAUGAGGUCUAACACAGUAAAUUACAGACCUACAGACAGUAUAUCUACCCCAUGAUAUUAUAGCACUUAAUGAGGUCUAACACAGUAAAUUACAGACCUACAGACAGUAUAUCUACCCCAUGAUAUUAUAGCACUUAAUGAGGUCUAACACAGUAAAUUACAGACAUACAGACAGUAUAUAUUAUAGCACUUAAUGAGGUCUAACACAGUAAAUUACAGACCUAGCUGUUUUGAAUCUGAAUGUGUGUGUGUGAGAGUAUGCGAGUGUGUGUUCUUGUCCAUGCGUUUACCUCUAGACAUUGUGUGUGUGUGUGUGUGUGUGUGUGUGUGUGUGUGUGUGUGUGUGUGUGUGUGUGUGUGUGUGUGUGUGUGUGUGUGUGUGUGUGUGUGUGUGUUUACAUUAUGUGUGUGUUUACAUUGUGUGGGUUUCCCCCUGUGUCUUAUACUAACUUCCUUAUUCAAGGAUCCACAAUUUGCUGAAUGGUCUCCCCUCAGGAAUAAAACCUCUGUGUCCCAAAUGGGACCCUACUCUC